AGCCCAAAAUCCUUCUAGAGCAGACCAAUUCGGAUCCAAAAUUUUCACAUAAAAACCAAAUUUCCAAUUAUACUCUUUCCGUCUCCGGCGAGCUCCUCCGGCCAAAUCCUUCUUCGGCGAUCUGAUCCGAUCAAUUUUUCCGGCGAUUUCAGAGCUAUUAGGCGUGCACGUUGAUUGUCCCGUUGGUGCAGCAAAAAGUUGGUGGUUGUUCCUACUAUAAUGUCGUGUGAAUGAGUAGCUGAAGAUGUUCAACUUGUUAUUGUGAUGUAAACACACAUAUUUCUUGUAAAAGAUGGAUUCUACUUCCAAGAACUCUCCUUUUUGUUUAAAAUGGCCUUGGGAUGUUCAUAACCAAAACCCAAAGAAUCCUUCACCUUGUACCUUUGAAACUCCUUGGUUAUUCAAACCAUUCAAAAAUCUUGGCGACGGAGUUUUUAAUUUCAUCCAAAAUAUAUCAAAGCCCCAACCUUUAUCAGCCGAAUUUGGUUUCCAGUCGAAUGGUGGAGUCAACCUAAAUAAUACCUUGAAGUUGGUGAAGAAGAAAUUGACUCCUGCUGAGCAAGCGGAGGUUGAGCAGAGUGCGUUAGCGUGUGCCUUGGCCAGUGGAAAAGAGGGUACUGUACUUGAAUUUUACUCCCCAAAAUGCCGCCUCUGCAAUUCUUUGGUUAAUUUCGUUGCUGAAGUUGAGAACAGGAACUCUGACUGGCUCAACAUUGUUAUGGCUGAUGCAGAGAAUGACCAAUGGUUGCCUGAGCUUCUCCACUAUGACAUAAAGUAUGUUCCUUGUUUCGUUCUACUGGACAAACACGGGAGGGCACUUGCAAAGACGGGUGUUCCAAGUAGCCGAUUGCAUGUUGUGGCUGGCAUUUCUCAUCUCCUCAAACUGAGACGUCCACAACACAAAUAACGCGUCUUUGGUUGAUACAGAAGCAGGUGAGUUUGUUGGGUUGUCGCGGUAAGUUGCAUGUAAUGGCUUUUAGUUGUAGGGAUCAACAGAAUGGAACAAGUAAUAUAGUAGUUAUCAAGUGCAAGAUCUUUACUUGAAUUGGUCUGUAGCUUUGUGAUCCAUUUUGGAUAUGCUGUUAUAUGAUUUGGAGUAACCGGUAAA